CGCUCGCCGCCAACAUUGAUUGACUGACAACAAAUACCAAUAAGCUGAGUGACGUCAUAUCGCUAAAGAGAUAAAUACCGCCGGCAGAUACGCCAACCGAAACUUUGCUAUCAGCAACUUGGCACCGAACAUAACACUUUAACUUAAAACAAAAAAAUAAAUGAAAAUAGAGAGCAUAAGCUAACAGCAAUAGCAGCAUCGACUGCGAUAACAUUCAAGUAUGUACAAAUUAAAAUCAAAAUAAUAACAAACCACUUUGCUAUUGAUGACUGCUCCGGUCUAACUGGUCGCACGGCGACUGCGCGUGCCGCCUAUGGAAAGUUGCGUUACAGGAGAAUCGUCGCUAUAAUUUUUUUUUUUUUUUAUUUAAAACACGCCACCUCGCAACAAGUAUUGCCUAGUAUGUAGACCAUCCAGCAGCGUGUAUGCUUGCUGCUUUCUACCACUGCCAAAUCAAUUGAAAGUUAUUUGUUCAGAACCAUAGCUGGUGCCGGCCGGUUCAGACGCGCCUCAUAGUUACGCGCAUCUGGAGACGGGUAAAAAAGAUACAUAUUUAAAAGUAACAACAUUCUGCGUUGGCUGUUUAUCAGUUUAUACUCAAAAGUUUUUGCGUUGAAUUGCAGGAAUUUCCUGACAAAAAAUUUAGCUGUUGAUAAAGAUAAGGUGUUGUGAAAUCAGAAAAAAUUUCAAUCAAACUAAAAUAAGCUAAAGCAGUAAAAAUAUAUAUAAAAAUUAGCCAAUAAAGGGCUGUGACAACCAGCGCGAAUGGCUAGAUGUCUAAAAGUCAGACAAGAAUACUUAUAUACAUAAAUGAAAGUCAGCUAAAAUAAGUGUUUCCAAAAGAAUUCGAAAUAAUUACCAUGUGCACAUGUCUGUGACAAAUGCAAAGCUGCGGCAACAAUUAUUUUCGGUGAUUGAUUACUAAAAUAUCGUGAAUUCAGCAAAAGGCAGUAAAAAGCAGUCUAUACACAGAAACAACACGCAAAGCGUAUGGUCGCACAAACUAACAGUUAUAUGAAGUAGUAAAAACUAGCAUAAAAAUGAAUCCAGAAUUAUCAAAGAUACAAAGCAGCAACAUUGCGCUUUCGCCGCUCAUCACAAAAGCACUGAAGAAGAAGCCAGCCAAGCCGCUUGGAGAACGCAAGAAAGCCGUAAGACGACAGGAGUUGAUGGUAUUGCUUGGAAAUGCCUGUGUGGUGUCUUCAGGCAUGUCGGUGUCACUGCCAUCUGUUUCUCUACCACAACUCACCAGUCCAGACGAUAUUUAUCAACUUAAUACUGAAGAAAUCAGUUGGUUUGCAUCUAUCAACAGCAUGGCCUGUCCCAUUGGCGGAUUGAUUGUCGGCUAUCUCAUGGACCGGUUUGGCCGCAAAAACACAAUGCUUUUAACAAAUGUUGUUGGUCUUAUAGGCUGGGUAUUGCUGGUUACUGCACCCUACCAAAGUGCCCGGCAUGCCAUUUUCCUGCAGCUGUUGCUUGGUCGUUUCAUAUCAGGUCUGAUGAUGGGCGCAGUUUUAUCGCCCAUUGGCUCAUACUCGGCGGAAAUCAGUUUGCCGCGCAUACGUGGACGCCUGAUUUUGGGUACAUCAAUUGCCAUAGCUACCGGCAUAUUAACGAUGUAUGUACUGGGUUUAAUAAUACGGAAUCAAUUUCAAAUGGUCUGUAUCAUCUCAGCGAUUUACCAAUGUGUUGCAUUUUGCUGUAUUCUACCCAUGCCCGAAUCACCGAGCUGGUUGUUGCAAAAAGGUUAUGCGGAAAAAGCGCGAAAAUCACUCAAGUAUUUCCGUGGGCUCUCCGAAAAUGACAACACCACUUACGAUGAGUUUGAGAAUGAAUUGGCGCUUAUCAAAAAGACAUCCGACCAGAGCCGCGCAGACGCUGCGAAUGAAUCACUCUUGCAAGUCAUACGCGCUCGUGAAGUCUACAAGCCGCUCAUCAUGAUGAUUGGCUUCUUCUUCUUUCAGCAAUUCUCUGGCAUUGUUAUUAUUAUAGUAUUCGCGGCGCAAAUCGCUACAAGCGCUGGCGUAUCUGCGGAUCCAAUGUUGGUAGCUGUCUUCGUCGGCAUUGCACGUAUCGUCACCACCUUCUUCAUGAGCACAAUCUUCGAGCGUUGGGGUCGACGACCGGCAGGCAUGCUUUCUGCUGCGGGCAUGACUGUCUGCAUGUUUUUGUUGGCGGCCAAUGGCUGGUGGCCUGUUAUCGGCGAGUCUUUUGCGCUACUGCCCAUCAUUUGCAUUGUGCUGCACAUCAUCUUCUCUACGCUGGGACUGCUGACGUUGCCUUUCCUCAUGAUCUCCGAGGUAUUUCCGCAACGUGUGCGCGGCAGUGCGAAUGGCGUAACGUUGUUCGUGGGGCUAACAUUUUCCUUCAGCGUGGUGAAAUUAUAUCCCACCAUAGAAUCGUUGAUCGGCACACCAAAUAGCUUUUUCGGCUUCGGGUUUAUUUCCCUCUUGGGUUUGGUAUUCAUUAUUUUCGUCGUACCAGAGACGAAAGGUCGGACAUUGUUAGAGAUUGAGAACUAUUUCCGCACCGGACGACGCGUGACAAAUGCGCAAGUGGCACGCCGACAAUCGCAAAUUGUUAUGGAAGUAGCGCAGGGUGUCUAUAGUUCGCAAUUCGAAUUGGACGAAGUGAUCAUGCGUUUGAGUAAAGUGCAUGAGGAUUGUGAGGCAAAUGAAAAUGAGUUAAUAAGUGCAAAAUAGUAUAGUAGUAUUUUCUAAAGAUGUAUGGUUAAAUGGUGCAUAACAUGAAAAUCUUUUUGUAGAAAUAAGUGUACUUAAAGUAAAUGAAAAACAUACCUGUGAUGCUUUUUAAAGCUUGCAACUAGAAUUUGUAAUGAGUAGGUCCAAUGGAGGGUCUUUCAGCAAAUUCACU